AUGGCCCCCCGUCCAUUCCGGGGGCGGCCCGGGUCCCCGCGAACGAACGGCGGGCUUCGAGUCGGUUUCGUCCUAAGGGAAGCGAUCCAACAGCAAGGAGGCGAAUUUGUCGCGCCAACGAUCCUUCCGAAGAAGGUGCCAGAAGCAGUGGAGGCAGGCAUUAGCGCCGCGGAUGCCUUGCCUGCUACUGCGCCGUUGCAGGACCAGGUCGUUGCGGCGGCCAGCGCGGCAGGAUCUCAGGCCAUUGGCACUUCCAGUGAGACCACGGCCGAGAAGAUGGCCACGGAGGCCGCUGAGUAUGUGGCUCAUGAGAAGGGCUUGCCCAUCAGUGAGGCGCAUGCGGAAGCCCAGGGAGCUGUGAAGCAGGCAGUGGCCUCGACGGGCGGCCACUUCGUGCACCAGAGCCAACUGACCAAUCCGGGGAAGGACUGCUGGGCAGCCUGUGGCUCACAGAGUGGCUACUGCCCCAGCUUCUGCGGCCUUGGUGCUUGUUGCAACAAGAUCUCCUCCGCCACAACGCCCGAGUGUCACGGUGCUUCCAAGUCAGACCAGUACCAGUGCGUUGCUCCAGCGGCUGUCUUCCCAGGCGCCGUCCGACAGCGCCAGGGAGAUAGCAAUAGCUCCAUCCUGGUGGUGGAUGCUGGGGCACAAACAGUGGAAGAGGGCUCCGGUGGCCUUGGCAUCGGUCUUUGGAUGGUGGUGCUGGCCUUGGUGCUGGCCUGCCUGGUCUGCUGUGGAGGCUGCUGGUUCAUGUCCCGCGAGAGGAAGACCAAGGGAGCCACGCGCACCGCCGGGGUGUCUAUCUCCAAGAGCGAUGGGAGUGAUCUGGAACUUCAGGAGCCCUUCUCUGAUGAGCCCCCAGCCGCUGGCACACGCACCGUGGCCAAGGCAGUGUUACGCAGCCGCGCCGUUGGCACCCAUGAUGCCCACGCCAGUGCCAUUGACCUCCGGGUGAGGGAAGCUCAGGAGUGGGAGAAGGAGUCCAGGACCUCUGGAGUGGAGGCCUACGAAGAAGAGUUGGCCGAAGACAAGGCUUGGAGGCGUUGCGAGGUCGAGGUGAUUGGACGCCUUGGCUCACAGAUUGGGGAGGGUAUCAACGACUGGCGCCGGUUUCCGCCCAAGGUGAAACGAACCGGACAGAAUGAGCUCUUCACAUCAGUGGGCACACGGAAACGAGACGAGGAACACUCCAAUGGUAAUGUGGAUGGCACCCACCGUGGUUACAUCGCACCGCAGGUUUGUACUCGGCGAAGGUUCGGUAAGGUGGUCUUGCGGACCUGUGGUAUCGCGGAGCGCGUCCACACCGAUUCUCCCAUCUCCGGGAGAGGCCGCACCCCUGAUGCCAGCGGCACGGUCCAUGGCGCCGGCCUAUUCAGCUGUCGGCGCUUGCAUGCCCUGCCCAAGCGCGCUGGAGGACGCGCAGAGUCUGAGGCCUUCGACCGGCUGGACGUGAACCGGGACGGUGUGAUUCAACGCUCGGAAUGGGAUGAGGCCAUGCAGGACUGGCGCUCCGCCUUCUUCCAUGGCUGGGAGACCGCGCCGGGCGCGGGUGGCCUCCGGCCGAUGAUGGUGCCUUGGUUCCAGACGGAGAGGUCGCUGAUCGAGGGUCUGACCAGCCGAAGUGCUGUGAGUGCUGUGCCCAGCGAGGAGCAAGGUCCACCGGUGCGCGACGUGCGCGACGUGCGCGACGUGCGAGCGCAGCUACGUUGGAUCAAGAAGCGACGGCCGUGUAGCAUCCACACUGGGCUUCCACAAGCCAGAAGCGUGGCCUUCAUCCACCCGGCUCUAAAGGAGGCCUUCCCCGUGCGCGGUGCGGGUCUCCCGCCCGACGUGGAGCAGCAGCUGGGCGACGCGGCCCAGCGCGUCCUUCAGAGCAUCCAACGCUUCGAUCGGCUGCGGCGGGACUUGGCUUCUGCGUCAAGUUCCACCGUCGCGCGCUUGGUGGCAGGCCUCUCGCCCUUGGAGAAAGAGCUCUUAGAGGGCCGAGGUGCCUCAGCCGCCUUAGAGGAGCGCUUUCUGGCACUUCAAAGUCAAGGCAACUCAUUGCUCAAAUCGCUGCGUGAGGCCAAUGCCAGCGAUGCCAGCGAUGCCAGCGACAGCUUCUCCUUGCUGGAGACGAAGGAUGUGGAUCCGGUGGAUGAGAGGCCAGAGGCACCAGAGGAAGAGGAGGAAGAGGAGGGAGAGGAUGAGGAAGAGGAGGUCCCCCAUGGUGCCGGAGCCGAGGAGACGGAGGAGGAAGGCGGCGACCGGUCGCCCGAUGAGGACGAGGAGGAGGAGGAGGAUGAGGAUGAGGUCGACCAGGCAGAUGAGCGAGAUGAAGCGCAAGCUGAGCAGGCCACGCCGGUGGAAUCCGAAGUCACCGAGGCGGAGAAAGCCCAAGUCGAGUCCGCGGAGGGCGAUUUGGUGGCUGAUCCCGAGGAGCCCGGCGCCGAGCGCGGCGCGGAGCGCGCUACGACGUCCGAACGUUGCCGGUCUGCGCGGAAUGCGUCGGGCUACAUCCUCACAGAAGUCUCCCUCUUCCGCGCCAAUUUCAGCGUGUCGGCCGCUUGUUCCUUUGGCUUUGCGGGCAUUGCGACCACUGCUGUGUGCAGUGGCGAUGAUCGCGAGUAUGACCUGAAAGGUUGUGUGGAGACGUGCGAAGCGGCGCCCAAGUUGGGCUACAGUGUCACAGAGGGCUCCUUGGCCUUGGAGGACUUCCAGGUGGCGGCGACCUGCGAGGCGCCGGCCUAUGGCCACGCGCGGGCGCGCAGGUGCCCAGCGCCAGGAGAGCCCUACGAGCUCUCCGGAUGUAUGGACGUUCCAAGCUUCGUCCAUGCACUGGGCAGCUUGGCCUCCGAGCUCGAGCGGCACUUCGAUGCCAUGCAGGCGCUCGCCAACCUUUCGGCCCUGCCCCCCACGGCGGCCGCCGCGCGCGCGCAGCAGCGCCUCGCGGAGUUCGGCCGCGCGCCGCGCACGGCGCGGCGGGCGGAGGCCUUGAAGCGCUGGGGCGCAGCGUUCGCUCGGUGGGACAUGCGCGACCCAGAGCAUGUGGAGGAGUUUGAGGCGCUGGCGCGAGAGGUGGAAAGCUUCAAAGAAGAGCUGGAGUCCACGGCGAACCCCGCGGGGUUCGCCACCACGGCGUUCCACCCCGCGCGGCCCUCCUGCGACGCGGCGGGGCUGCAGCGGGCGCAGGCGCGGCACGACGCGGUGCUGGAGCACUUCCGGACGGUGGCGCCCAAAAUGUUGCCACGGGAAGUGGAGUCGUUGCACCGCGUCUUGCACUCCAUGGAGGUCUGCCGCAACGGCCUCCUACGGCGAGAUUUGGGGUCGGAGCUGGAGGCGUCCGAAUGCCAACGAUAUUUCUCCGGGAUCGAACAACUGGAGUCGGACCUGGCACACUACAGGAACCUCUUCGAUCCUCCCGCCCCCAGCGCGCCCGCUGCUCGCGGCGCCCCAAGGGCGAGCGCUGUACCACUGCGGCCGGGGCAGCUGGAGGCGUUGGAGGUGGUGCCCCUGCGAGGCGCCCUUGUGGAUGAUUUGGUCGUGGCUGGGGCAGGGGACUAUUUUGAGAAGCAGAUCAGGCCUCGGAAUGAGCUCGCCCGGUUCAGGGCCGGCGCUGGAUUCCACACGCUUCCGGUGAACCGCCGACCCAAAGAGACGCGGGCGACGCGGGCGACGCGGGCGACGCGGGCCGCGGCGGGGACGAGUCGACUCGCGCCGGACGACGCCGCGAGUCAUGGGACGAACCCUCCCUUCCGGCAGUGGAAAACCAUGGAACACUUCCUCCCAUUCGAUCGGGAUGGGAAGGUCGACUCAGGUGACGUGGUGGCGGCUCCGAUGGCACGACGCCCACGGGUGGAGGAAGUGUGUUUGCAGGACCUCCCCAAGCUCCAACCACGGGCAUCGCGGGAAGCCGCGGCCGACGCGGAUGCCGGCUCUUCACCUUUGCGGCACGGUGACGGGGCGUGGCGGCGCUCGCUGAAGGGCUUUCACGAGCGCUUCGUGGCCCAGGUGAAGCUCAGCCUUCGAGGAGCGGUUGAGGGGAUCGCACCUGUCGUGGUGUCCCAAGCGGCCAAGACGAGCUGA